GUCCGAGCUUGCUGUGCUGUCAUCACAUCAGGCAACACUUUGAACACCCCGGCUGCCAUCUGCGUCUUGUCUUUCUCCAAUCCAUCUUUCUCUCCCGAGUUGCCCAGAGAAGUUUUGUAUCAUCGGCACCAUGGACGAGCCAUUCACAUUGGUCGAAAGGAGCGGCAAGCACGAAAAGCCGCACCAUCUGUUCAAAGACCUGGUAAACUGCACCUCCGCGCCGUCCGCGGACCAUGACCUACAAUAUCUCGUCGCUCUACGAAAGGCCAACCCGGAACUCAUCGUGACGACAUGCCCGGAGGGCAAUGCUCCGUUGCGCGCUUUUGCUGCCGCGGGGUUCGCGAAGUGCGAGGUGGACAUGAACGACGACUACGCCAGCUGGAGAGGCUACAACUCUCCCUCACGGAGGUCGGAGCAUGGCUCGGUGGGCGAAAAUCUAGACUACGCGCGCUUCCAUUACCAAUGGAGCGGUGAAGACUUCAUCCUGUAUCUUGUUCAAGGUGUCCAGUACAUUCUCAAGGAGCAGCAAGGGAAGGAGCAUGUGCUCGGCCCGUCCACCAUCACUGAUAACCUGAUCCGAGCUGUGGGGGAUUGGCGGAAUACCUUGUCGGAAGUCAUCUGGGUCUACGACGGCUAUUGGACUCAAAGCCAUGGGUUGUGGAAGGAGGUGCAGAAGGCUAGCUGGGACAAAGUGAUUCUGGACGAGGGAAUGAAGGACGAGCUAGUCAACGUGGCCCAUAAGUUCUUCGACUCCGAGGCCAUCUAUCGAGACCUGGGCGUGCCGUGGAAGAGAGGCUUACUGUUUCACGGGCCCCCUGGAAAUGGAAAGACGAUCUCGACCCGCGCGCUGAUGCUCUCUCUGGACCAGCGCAAGGAUCCCGUUCGUUCUCUUUACGUCAAGGAUGCCCCGUACACCUACGAUAUCCGCCAGGUUUUCCAGCAGGCCCGGUCGCAGGCACCGUGCAUGCUGAUCCUGGAGGAUGUCGAGACAAUUGUGACUCCGGACACGAGAAGCUACUUCUUCAACGAGAUGGACGGACUGGAGAACAACGAUGGCUUGUUCAUUGUAGCCUCGACCAAUUUCCUGGAUCGGCUGGAUCCUGGUCUGUCGAAGCGGCCGAGUCGGUUCGAUCGAAAGUACUUGUUCCCAAAUCCGAACGAGCACGAACGCACGCUCUAUUGCGAGUUCUGGCGGCAAAAGUUGAAGACCAACAAGUCCAUCGUCUUCCCGAAGAAGUUGUGCCCGGCAAUGGCGCACAUCACGGAUCUGUUCAGUUUUGCCUUUUUGCAGGAGUGCUUCGUCGCCACGCUGCUGCUCAUGGCGCAGGAGGGAAGUGCAGCGGUGGGAGACGGAAAGGCAUGCGACAGCGACAAUCUCGACGACUAUGAACUCUGGGUUGUCUUCAAGAAGCAGGCCGAGGUACUGCGGAAGGAGGUGCUAGGCCGCAAGACCAAGCAGUCCCAGUUGCUGCAAUGGGUCGGCGGGGAUGAGAUGACCGCAUCUUCUUCGCAAGAUUCAUCGCCUCCGGUCCAACGCCGACCCACGCACUGCCACGGCUGCCAGGCAUCGCAACAAGCAAGGGCCGCCGGCAAGGGUUGGAGAGCGGACGAGCUGUUACCUUCGCUGUCUGGGAAAUAUGAGUACAUCAAUCCUGCAGCAUAUCAGCUCAGGUAAUUGUACCCCGACUUGGGGGUGGAGGGCAAACGAUCGGCGCGAGUUGGCAUGAUUAAUUAAUGAUCCGUACGCGGUUCCCAUUGCACGAAGACGCACCACACACCACACCAGGACGUGCAGCAACAUCGAUGACGAUGUGAAGAUCCAGCACGCAGUACAAAUCGAAGGUGGUAGGUGAG